AUGUCCGACUGUCAGUUUACAGCAACCGCAAAAUCGCGAAAAAUUGAUGUGCAUGCCCAUGUGAUGCCCAAACAUCUUCCCGACUUCUCAAAUCAAUUCGGGUAUGGCGGAUUCGUUCAACUAGUCCGUAAUGAAGAUGGUACAGCGAAUAUGAUGAAGGACGGCAAAUUAUUCAGAGUCAUUCAGCCAAACUGCUUUGAUCCCGAAAUUCGAAUUCAAGAAAUGGACAGGGCAAAUGUGAAUGUCCAAUGCAUCAGCCCAACCCCUGUCAUGUUCUGCUAUGACGCGAAACCGCAAGACACUGAAGUUGUGUGCACCUAUGUUAAUAACGAUGUGCUGAGCCAGUGCGAGAAGUAUCCGAAUCGACUAAUCCCGCUGUGCAGCUUGCCAUUGAAUUGCAUUCAGCGAGCGAUACAGGUCAGUCAACAACUAAUAACCAAAAGAAAUAAUCAACAAUAA